AGAAGAGUGACUUCCGGUGUUCAGUGAACGCUGGGAUGGCGCUGAAGCCGCAAUCGGAAUUCGCCCUCUGUCAUGUGCGCUGACUUCAAAAACACUCAUAUCUUCGCCUGUUUAGCCUGAGGAGAAUGUUUAUUGUCAAUGGGUGUGAGCCGGCUUGAUGUUCUUUAUAGAAGGCUUCUCCUAACCAAACUCUUUAUCCAAGGAUGGGGGAAGCCAGAGGACCUGAAAAGAAUAUUUGAGUUUCGUAAAAUCAUUGGUAACAGGGAGAGAUGCAAGGAUUUGGUCCCAAAGGAUUACCCCAUAUUUAUUGACAAAGUAGAAGAGGAGACUGACUGCAAAAUUCACAACGGUCAUUUCAUAUCACCUCUUGAGCACUAUGUCCCAGGAAUCUUGCCGGCAGAGUCCAUCAAAGCCCGAUUCCAAUUCAUUGUACCCAAGAAAUGGAAGAGGCACAGGCCGGUCUGUAUCCACUUGGCUGGAACAGGAGAUCACUUUUUCUGGAGAAGGAGAACUCUUAUGGCCAGACCAAUGAUUAAAGAAUCUGGGAUGGCUUCUCUUCUGUUGGAAAAUCCAUAUUAUGGAUACAGGAAACCUAAAGACCAACUACGCUCCAGCCUGAAGAACGUAUCAGACCUGUUUGUGAUGGGUGGAGCUCUUAUCCUGGAAUCAGCGGUUUUGUUACACUGGCUGGAGCGGGAGGGUUUCUGGCCUCUGGGGAUGACUGGCAUUUCUAUGGGAGGACAUAUGGCAUCGUUAGCUGUAACUAACUGGCCCAAACCAAUUCCUCUGAUACCUUGUUUGUCCUGGACGACCGCCUCAAGUGUUUUUACCACAGGUGUUUUAAGUAGAGCUGUGAAUUGGAGAGAACUUGAAAAGCAGUACGCUGCACAUACAGUGUAUGAGGAAGAAAUCAUCAAUAUGUUGGAGUAUUGUGGGACAGACUCUUUCCGGAUGGGCCAGGAGUUUGUAAAAAAUGCCCCAGGCAGCUUCGACAACCUCUCAGACCUGGAUAUCACCCAUGACCUGCUUAACCUCCACUCACCGGCGAGUGACCAGAUGGAGCUCCGGACCGCAGCUGGAGGUCACGGCUCAGACUCGGCCCUGUUGGUGGGGCGGAGAGAAAGAGAUGGACUUGAUCAGAUGUUGUCUGCGGUAAGCAGCAGCGGGCCUCAUUUGGACAUGCUACAUGCUAAGAACAUCACCUGUGGAUCAGGUCAACGACAGUCGCUACAGAGGGAAUCUCUGUGCUUCAUGAAGGGAGUUAUGGAUGAAUGCACACACAUUGCUAACUUUUCAGUGCCUGUAGAUCCCGGUCUGAUCAUUAUAGUCCAGGCGAAAGAAGAUGCUUACAUUCCCCGCACUGGAGUUCGCAGCUUACAGGAAAUCUGGCCUGGCUGUGAGGUUCGCUACCUCAAUGGAGGUCAUAUCAGCGCUUACCUUUUCAAACAAGGACUGUUUCGGCGAGCGAUUUAUGAUGCAUACGACCGGUUUCUUCAGAAGUAUUCCAGCUUAUAGCCAUGGAUUUACCAACACGAAUUGUAAUGUAUGAGGUGGAGACAAAGAAUGAAUUGAAUAUAGUGGUCAUGAUUUUUUUGCACGACUGUAACUGAAACUAACAACCUGGUGCUACCAAAGAGAAGCAGUGAAGGGUGUUUGAAAAAUGACAGACCUGUACGGUUCAUCUCAAUAUUCACACUGACCUAAAGGCAAUGCACACUUGUACCUAACCUAUACAAGCCCCUGUCUUCCUAACUUUACUGUCUUUGAUUAUGUUAAUCAUAAUCGAAACAUAAUUAUCAAAACAUGAGACAAAGAUGUGCCUCCAAAACCAUAAUUCACUCACACAUCAAGGUGUCUUUAAUUUAUUUAAAAAUUAUUAGUUAAAGAAUAAAAUUAGUGUUUUGAGUUUUAGGACAAAUUAAUGGAUACAAUCACCAGUACAUGAUUAUAUUUUUAACAUUUUGUGUUUUUCCUGAACAGCUUCAAAACUGUUGCAAUCCAUGUUUUUGUUUCACAAACAUAAAAUGUCAUUAUUUUUAGAGCACAAUGUUGAUUUUUAAGAAAAUUAAGAGAACUGUAAAAUUUGGCUUGUUUUUAUAAAACGCUGUAUCAGUGAAAUGGUUAGUCAUCUUCUAUUAAGGGGGAUAAAGUCAGAUAUUUUAAUUACUUGAAUCUUGAGAAAUUAGUAUUUUGUAAUACUAUGCUAUCUAGUCAGUUCACAUAAGCCUUGCAGAAUCCGAAUCUGGCAAGAAAUAGACACAAUUAAGAUACUUCUCUGUGAAACUACAUCCUUUAUAAUUCAUGCCUUAUGUAUUACUUAAUCACUGCCAAAUGCAUCAAUAACAACCAGUUUUCAAGACUGAAAUAUUAAGUUUCCUACUCCAUAUAUGUCUCUGGUCCAUCAUGUGUUCACUGUAUUUAUCAUGAGGUAUUCAUUUAUCUUUUUAUCCACCCUAAAAUAAAAAGAAAUAUCUAAAUAUUGA